AUGCCCCGCUCCCGCUCUCCCUCCAGAAGUCGGAGCCGAAGCCUGACCCGCUCCAGGUCGCCUCUCUCCCGCUCGCCUUCGAUGGACAGGAAGGAAAGCUUGUCUCCCGAAAUUAAAGAUGAAGACCUCUCGCCCUUUCUGAUCAGAGUGUUUGUGACCAAGGGAAGACAUACCCCGCUGGGGGAUUUUGACAAGGCGACAUUGCCUUUGAGGGAUGAGUUUCAAGUUUACGGGUCCAAACAAACAUCACCAAGUGACCUGAUCCGAUCUCUAUACCCAUCGUUCCCGCCAAUCUACCGCUCGCCCCAAACCCGCUUCCACUUCAAACACAUCUACGUGGACGCCUCUCCUCGCGGCCUCUACCGCUCCAAAGACCUCACUUCCUUUAUCGGGCGAGACCUCUCCUAUGCCGAUCCGAAACAAAUCCGGGCGGAUGAAGAUACGAUGAUUGACGAUGAUGAAGAUGAGGGUUUGCACAAGAAGGGAGGCAGGAAGAUCCAAGAAAAGACGUUGGAUGGUUAUGGGUUCAUCACGGGAGACUUUAUCAGUGUUAGUCUGUCUGUGCCGGAGCCGAGAUUCCCUGGAGGGCAUGGGCCAGCUGCGGUUGCGAUAGCAGGGAUCAACGGUGCGGCAGGGCCAGGCGGACGGGGUGGGGAUGCUCCUAGGGAAGGCGGGUGGAAUGACCGACGUGCGCCGCAAGGGCAGGGGAAAGAUGAGUCGGAGAAGGGUGCCGACGCGCCGAGAUGGGGACGAGGUGGGCCUUUACCGCCCCAGGGUAGGGAUGCGAUCGCUGGAAGAGGAGCCAGAGGCGAGGGUAGGGAGAGGGAGCCAUUGCCCGAGGGCAGAUGGGGGAGAGGAGGCCAGGGCAGAGACUCGGGGAGAGAUGCGGGAAGAGAGAGGGACAGAAGUCGGAGUCCAUCUAGGGGUGGGGAAAGGUGGCAGAGAAGGAGGGACUAG